ACUUGCAAAAGCCAGAUGGACAUUGUCAUAUCAGGCUGAUAUUUUCAACUGUGGCACUAGGGAUGGGAGCAGAUCUGAAACAGGUUAAAAGAGUUAUUCAUGCCGGUCCACCAACUUCACUGGAAACAUAUGUUCAAGAGAUUGGACGCGCAGGAAGGGCAGGUUCAGAUUCACAGGCUAUUCUGUAUUUCAACAGAGGAGACUUAGCUUCAGGUUCAAUGAGAAAAGAAAUGAAGGAAUAUUGCACAGACACUUCCAAGUGUAAAAGGGAAAUAAUUAAUAGCUACUUCGGCUUUCACACAACAGUUCAAUUACAAACAUGUUGCAGCAUAUGUAACCCUGAUAUUGCACUAGAGUGGCAGUUUGAACAUAUGGGUGUUAAUUGA